GAGCCCACGACCAAAACCAUGUCUCAUAGCAAUACGGCAAAAACCCUAUAAAAUCGUUAGAUUGUAUGAUUCUGAACCCGACUAGGUGUGUAGUAACGGUCGAAAGUGUAGCAACUGCGUGGGAGGCCAUUUCUGCUGUGUCAAAAAAAAAGGCAGUCGGUAUUAUAGCAAUACGUCUGAUAGUGAAAAUGUACAUAGAUUUUAUAAUUGUAUUACGAAAAAGUUUGUUUUCAGACAUUUUGCGCGUAGCACAUAGCCUGAGCGCAUUUUUGAAAAUGUCAACAAAUUUAGCCGACCUGUAUCAUAGCAAUACGGAUAAUUUUUUUUUUAACUUUUCGUAUUGCUGCCAUGAUUACCAAAAACCUGUUUUCAGACACUUUAAGUGUAGCAUAUACUCCCAUGGAUGGUAUGAAGACGAGGGACGAUUUCAGUUUUCGUGGUUCUCUGGCAACCAACUACCUGAGUUGAGCAACGUUAUUUUGGACGACAAAUCAUCAUCCACAACAGAAGAGGACGUUGAAGAUCUCCCGAGCGACGUCGAGAGUGAUUUCGAAGACGACGAUUCCGAAUCCGACAGCGAUUGAAUACGAGAAUAUUUUGUAACUUUGAACAAACCGUUUUUUUUUCAACUUCAUCCCAGUUUCCUUUUGUGCGAUUUAUUUCAGUCCUUCAACUUCAAUGUUACGGUUUCGGGUAAAUUCUUUGUUAAUUAUCAUCUAAUAAAUUCAGGGUCGCAACGUAUUCAUUGGUUUGUAACAGAGAAUUCAAGAUGCCUCAAUACGAUUUUUAAAUGAUAUCUGAGUAUCGAAAAGUUGUCUGAUAGAGAAGGUGCUACACUUAAUUUGUCUGAUAUAAUUUUUUUGCACAUGUGGACAACUUAUUUUAUCAUGUCCAACAAUUUUCAGACAUAUUGCUAUGAUACCGAUCGGUAAAAUUUGUUAACAUUUUCAAAACGGUCUCAAAAUUUAAUGCGUUCACAUUUCCGUCUGAAAAUUGUUUUGUUCGCAUCAAAUAACCAAAAUUUACUAAUAAAAAAGAUUUUCAGACGUAUUGCUAUGAGACAUUUUUUUUGUCUCAUUUUUAAUUUUUUUAAGUGAUUUUACGGGUUUGCGCUACACCACUAACGUCUGAAAAAUAUGUUUCCGGUAUCUCAGAACUAUCAUUCAACUACAGUCUGCAAAUCAGACAUAUUGCUAUGAUGCAGUUCGGUAAAAUUCUUUGACAAUUUUGAAAAUUCGGUCAGA